GUAUCUCGUGGAUAAUUCUCCAAAUUUGGUAAACUUUGCCAUAAAUGGAUAUACCGGAUGGCGGGAAAUCGAAAGGCUUGGCGACCGCUCAGGCGAAGUUUUCCCACUGAUGUGGACGAAGAGCGGAAGAAAUAACUUGUCAAAUUAUAACCUAACGCAACAUGCGCAAGGCUAGGCCAGGGAAAAGGAAGGCGCCCACCACCAGUGCACCUGUACCCGUGAAGAAGCAACCUCGUAAGCCCCGAGGAAUGGUUGAAUUGCCACCAGGAAUCGUCUUGACGGAUCUUACCAAGAAAAAGUGGCGGUUGGGAAGGUUGUUAGCAUGGGGUGGCUUUGGAGCACUUUACUUAGCUUCCCCUGACAGUGGAUCACCUGUUAAUGAAACUGCUGAACAUGUUGUUAAAGUGGAGCCACAUGCAAAUGGCCCUUUAUUUACAGAACUUGCAUUUUAUCAGCGUGUGGCUAAACCAGAACUAAUAAAAAGCUGGUGUCAGUCACGGCAUCUAAAACAUCUUGGUGUCCCAAUGUUUUUGGGAUCUGGAUCAUUUGAACAUGGCUCCAGGAAGCUGCGAUUUCUAGUUCUGGAGCGGUUUGGGAAGGACGUUGACGAGCUUUUCCUAAGCAAUGACCGAAAGUUUGAUGUGACAACAGUGUUGAUGCUUGGUCUAAGAGUUAUUGAUGCUCUGGAGUACAUCCACUGUCACGAAUAUACCCAUGGAGACAUUAAAGGCUCAAAUCUCAUGAUGGGAUUCUCAAAGUCAAAAUCUGGUCAAGUAAGUGACAUCUGCACAUGUUGACAAUUCCUGGUGCCUGAUAAGAACCUUGUAGAAAUGAAUUAAACUGUUUGUUUUUGCAAAUCAUUUUUGCUUUGGUUAUAUUUGCAUACAAGACUGACUUGCAGAGCUGUGUGAGCUUAUCACACUCAGUUUCUUUAGCAUGACAUGAUCAGGUUUUAAUUUCCUUUGUGCAAUGAGAAA